AUGGAAAUAUUAUGGAAGGUGUUUUGGAUAAGCUGGUUAGUUUGCUUCGCCUCCAGAAAAUUGUACGUGACAGGAAAUGAAACGACCACGUUAAAUUCUGGGACACUCAACACGACGACAACAACAACUGUUGAGAUAUCAGAACGAAGUGAUGACCACACCGAAGAACCAGAUAAAACUCAAAGUGAUCUUGAUCUUGAAACUCAGGAUCAAGUCGCCAUUUUGAAACAAAUCAAUAGGGUUAACGAUGAUGGAUCAUAUACUUUUGGUUACGAAGCGGCUGAUGGAAGUUUUAAAAUAGAAACAAGGGAUGUAAACGGAAACGUUAAAGGAAUGUUCGGGUUUAUCAACGAAGACGGAGAGCUGAAGAGAGUAUCGUAUUCGGCAAGUAAUGGAACUGGAUUUCAAUCAACUGGAACUUUAAACAUUCCACCUCUUCCAGGUACUGGUUUAUCGUCCGAAGAAGGAAUUAAUCCAAAAUAUAAUGGCGAUAGAUUUAAUCAGGAAAAUAAUUUUAAACCCAAAGGUUUAGAUGAGUCUUCGACAAAAAUUAGUUUUGUAGAUUCGACAACACCCGUGUAUGAAAGUUCUCCCGAUACACAACCCUCCAAACUUCCAGUUUACAUUUUUGGUUCUUCAACAUCUUCCAGUCCCGUGACCGUUACUUCGAAACCCGUUGUGAUUCAACAUAUUCCAAAAGUACGACCAACACCGGGUUCUAGUUCGACCAUACCAACUGAAUCUGAAGAAAUUUUAUUGAAACCUUUACUCAGUGAUUUAGCACCCAAAAGAACAUCGAAUACUAAUUUCAUCAGUUUUGAUAAUAAUGAUGACACAUCUGAAUCUACCUUACCAGAAGAAAACAGUGAUAAUCAAAGUGUAAUACAAGUGAUUCGACCGCGACCUGGUCCUUUUAAAAAAGUUAUAGUUACGAAGCGUCCGGUAGUAGCAACAACUCCAAAAGUGGUAACAACUACUGAAUAUAAAUCAAAAGAUUAUGUUGAAAAAAUUAAAAACGAAGAUUCUUCGACAGAAGGAGAAAACGGAGUCAGAAGGCAACUCGGAGUAACGGAUAAUUAUUUAACAACCACAACAUCUAAUCUCGCUACAUCCGGAACUGAAGACAGUCCAGACGUGUAUGGUGGAAAACAAGUUACGCGUCCUUAUCCAUCCACUGCCUUUCGAACUCUCUUUACUCAAAUUCCUCAACACCAAAGAAUAUUACAAAAUUCUUAUAUUCAAAACCGAAAUAAUUAUAUUUCAGCUGCAUUAGGGAAUCCAGGUCUUUUACCGACUCCUGCUCCUCCUCAAGUGGUUCCUUUAACUACUCAAGCUCCAAAUCAACAAAAAACUUUUCCGCCUUCAACGCCACCCGAAGAACGGGACAAUACUCCUACUCCAAUACCCCAAACAAUUCCUGACAUUCAAGGUCAAAGACAAUUUAUUUUACCACCGAAUUUCGUAGGACAAUAUACUCCAACUGUACCGUCAGUCGGUUCUUAUCAACAAGAACAACUUCCUCAACAAAUAUUCAUUCCUCCGGCUUUAUUAGACUACUUAAUAAGAAUGUUGAUAAUAGCUCAGCAACGGUUAUUAAGUCAACAAAGACAACAGGCAAUCAAUCCUUAUCAACAUGGAGUUUUUACCACCGUCGGUCCCAAUAACGUUCCUCCGGAAGUAAUCAAUAAUCAGUAUGAUCCCCGUUAUUAUCAACCUAAUAAAAUAACAUAUUCCAAUUACUCUCCGGCUUUGAAUGGAUAUUCAAAUACGAUACCACCGCGAAACACACCCGACGCUCAAUAUCCUUUGCCAUAUUAUCAAGCCUAUCCUUCAUUUGAUCCUCGAUAUAAUUAUCAGUCACAAAUGUUUUCACCUUUACCAUACAAUCGUUAUCAACCAAGAACACUUCCUUAUGAAGUCGACUCAAUAAGGCAGCCACAAAACGACGAAUACAUGCUAAGAAUGUUAUUAGAUUAUUCAAAAUAUCAAGCUCAAACUCCUCUUCCUAUCGUUCAGUCAACUUCGACCGUCGUAGAACGAUCUUCUUCUCCGUAUACCAUAGGAAGAGAUUCCACAACGUCAUCCUCGACAACUCCAACACCAAAGGUUAACCCAGUGAGAAACGUUGAAAUAUUAGGACAAAUAAACGAAGAAAGUCAAAAUAUUAACAAUUACGAGAGCAGUACAAAAUCAGAAAAAUAA